AUGAACGUCGUGCCUCCAAGUGAAUACAAGACCUCCGUGUCCACCGUUUCAGCCACAGAAUUCAGAUCUAACGCCGUCCCCAGUCUUCCCGACACCCUUCGUGGCCAAGUCGGCGCUAGACCACUAAACACACAGCUCAACGACAGACAUCCGCUCGAAACAAGAGUCAAGAAUUGGGAUGCAAACGAACAGAAAAGAAAACUGGAGCAAUACAGACAGAUUUUUGGCGUGGCGGAGCCCAUGAGACGUGUCAUGGAGCUUGAAAUCGUCCAGCAAACGGAUUUCAAUCCAAUUGCAGACCCCUCGAACAUCCAUAGAGAUAUCCUACUGAACAAAGAAGCCUCCAUUGAUUGGGAAGAUAUCUACCCAGACUCUGCGGGUCUCUCUGGUGACAUUACACUAUCCAAUGAUGUUCAUACGAAGAUUGAAAAGUCGCUCGGAAUCUAA